UAUUUUACGGUGUUUUUAUUUGUGUUCAUUCUUUCAGAAACCACCACAUCGACCACCACAAUCUCAACAACCACUGCAGCAACAACUCCAUGGACAGCACCGGCAAUAUUUUAUCCAUUCGGCGCGGAGGCAGGAGACACUGAAAUUCUUGAAAACGGUGGCGAUACCUCAUACCUUGUUGUCUUCUCCACCCCAUUUACGUACUUUGGCCGCACAUACAAGAUCACAUACGUUAAUAAUAACGGACUCCUUACAUUUAGCCAAGCUAUACCAGAAACAAACCCUUACCCUUUUCCCGCAUAUGGAGAUGAAGAUUACAUUGCUCCGCUCUUGACUGACCUUGAUGACCUUGGUAUAGGUAUAUAUUCGUAUCAGGAGUACACCAGUGGAAGUGUUCUCACUCGCGCCACUCAGGAUAUAAACCAGUAUUUCCCUGGAAGGGACUUCACUGCUUCUUGGGUCUUUGUUGCAACGUGGGACUAUGUGCUUACAGGGGAUAUGAAUGUAUUUAAUCAACACUCAGGCCCGGCAAUCACCGUUCAAGCGGUUUUAAUUUCAGAUGGUGGUUUUUCUUUCAUUCUGAUACAUUACGGUGACUGUGCUGCGAUACCAACUGCAGUGGGGGCUGGAUAUGACACAAUAGACUCCACUGACUACUAUCAAAUUCAUUAUGAUCCAAAUGGUGGCUACUCCAUCCCAAUCCUCAAGAACACGACUAACGUAGGUGUUCCGGGGCGUUGGGCCUUUCUUGUGAACAACAGACCAGAAACCGUCAUAGGAUUUCAAAUGAAACUUCAGUCCUUUUCAGACCUAACACAGAGUGGAAACAUUGAUGCUGUUUUGCAGAAAAUAAAACAAGAGCUGAUCAAUCAUGGAGUGUCAAGUAACUUUGAGCUAAAGUUAAGAAAAGUCAAAAAGACACAGUGGCAUUCUGGUAUCUCUGACCUCAUCCAAAUAUUUAUUGUGAGAAUGUCUCCAGUUUCACAUUAUCUGCUGGUGUUCAUAUCAGUCCUGUCACUGAGCAGGGUAACAGAGGCACAGACAGCGCCGGUGAUAUUCUAUCCAUUCGGCUCAGUGGCAGGAGACACUCUUAAUAUUGCCGUUGAGGAUGAAAACUCCACGCUUAUCAACCUGUGGAGUCCUUUUGUGUUCUUCGGGCGCACGUACAACAGGACAUUUGUUAACAAUAACGGACACCUUACAUUCAACCAGUCUUCAUCACAGUUUAUUUCUCAUUACUUUCCCAUCAAUGGAAGGGAAGACAUCAUUGCUCCCCUCUGGACCGACAUUGAUGUCAGUAUGAAUGGCAUAAUCUCAUAUCAGCAGUAUUCAACCGGGAGUGUUCUCACUCGUGCCACUCAGGAUAUAAACCAGUACUUCCCUGGUCUGAGCUUCACGGCUAUUUGGGUCCUUGUUGCAACUUGGGAUAGAGUUGCAUACUUUUACCACACUGGCACGGAAACAUCGUUUCAAGUGGUUUUGAUUUCGGGCAGUGAUUUGUCUUUUAUUCUCAUGAAUUAUGGUGACUGUGCUGUGGCAUAUAAUAUUGUGCAGGCUGGUUAUGACACAAUAAACUCCACGGCCUACUUUAAGAUUCCUGGGUCAGACAAUGGGAGCUUUACUCCAAACCUCAAGAACUCCACCAAUGUCAAUGUUCCAGGCCGAUGGGCCUUCAGGGUGGAUGGUGGACCAGAUCAAAACAAUCUACAAGAAAAUAUAAUAGGAGUUCAAAUGAGAGUUACUUCAUUUUCAGACCUAAGAGAGAGUGCAAACAUUGAGACUGUUUUAGAGAAACUACAACAGGAGCUGAUCAAGUACGGUCUGCCAAACAGCGUCAAACUGAACUUAAGAAUGGUGCAAAAGACACAGCCGUAAUAUCAGCCUCAUACAAGGAAAGAAAUUCUAACAGAGACCUGUUCAUUAAAUCUCUGGCAUCAAAUAUACCUACCAUUAAAAUCUUAACUUACAGGGAAGCAAGAAAACAACAAUAAAAAAAAUAAAAAAAACAGAUCGAACAUGUGAAAACCGGCGUCUGCAGGAAUGUCACUCUACAGGAGGGCGAACAUUCAUGUGUUCUCAAAUGCAAAUGACGUGUAG